GACUGUCGUCAUUGGUCUUGGAGUUGUUGUUCAUUUCGGAGAUUGUUAUUCGUCUUUGGGGUCUUUGUUUUGUUGUCAACUUCAAGAAUCAUCAUUUGAGAAUCAUUGGCAUUCUCAGAAUCAUCGUCCAUCAGUCUUGAUUUUGUCAUUUUUGGCGCUGUUGGCGUUAUUGUGGUCUUGGCGUUUUCAUAGUAGCUUUAGCUUCUUCUGGGUAAGCUACCUAAUUUUAUUUUUUUGUGGUGAGCGUGUUAUUCAUCUUGGUGUUGAGGCCACAAUAAAUGUGUUUAGUAAUACUGGGACAAGAGCUGGAGUUGGUAGCUCUUUUAUUAAGUUGACAUAG